AUGUCUUGGGGAGGGUUUAAGAAAGCAAUCAAUCGUGCUGGUGCAGCAGUCACUGUCAAGGAUGUUGACAAGACUAUGGAUAAAGACUUUGACGUGGAGGAAAGAAGAUACAAGACGUUAAAAACAGCUGGUACGAAUUUACAAAAAGCCGCCAAGGGGUAUUUGGACAACAUUAGAGCAAUCACGAAUUCACAAGUUACAAUUGCUGAGAUUAUUUAUAAUUUGUAUGAAGAGUCGAAGCAAGGACAAUCGCUUUACUCAAAUGUCGGGACUUACUACUUGCAGAGUGUGAAAGAGUUUGAUGAAGAAACAGUGAAACAAAUAGAUGGGCCCUACAGGGAGACUGUCUUGGAUCCGAUUGGUAAAUUUUCAAACUACUUUACUGAAAUUGAUGAGGCAAUAAAGAAGAGAGCCCAUAAGAAAAUUGACUAUGAGCAAUGUAAAUCGAAAGUAAGAAGAUUGGUUGAUAAACCUGCCAAAGACGCUGCCAAGUUGCCACGGGCCGAAAAGGAAUUGUCAAUGGCGAAAGAGAUAUAUGAUGAAUUGAAUGAUCAAUUAAAGGCAGAGUUGCCACAGUUGAUUGCAUUAAGAGUGCCCUUCUAUGAUCCUUCAUUUGAGGCAUUGGUAAAGAUUCAAUUGAGGUUUUGUACAGAGGGUUACUCGAGAUUGGCACAAAUCCAACAAUACUUGGACCCAGCAUCUAGAGAUGAAUAUGCCAAUGGGUUGUUGGAUGGGAAGAUUGAUGAUAUGUUGGCACAAAUGCAAGGUUUGAGUAUAACAUCUUUAGGGAAAUAA